UGUGCAAAUCACAGGCACAUGUUAUAGCGGCCCCUUCAGGGCAACUUCAGAAUUGCAGGGAAAGCGUUUCUCGGUUUCCUAACCGCAUAUUAAAUAUAUAUUAUAUUUCAAUCACGAUUUGUUUACACAUAAAACAACCUACAUCAGUACCUGUAGUACAGUACGAUGAAUAUCCGAAGUACGACGCUGAUAGCGUCUUGCACUUUCAUUUACGGUUUGUCGUAAUGUCGAAGCUGUUAUACUCUACUUGUUGAAUUACAUGUAGGUUCUAGGCAAACAAUAAAAAUGAAGACAAGCCAGUAUAUUGUUUUUAUGUGUAGAAAAGCUCUUUCCAAUAACAACGGUGAUAAUGAUGAUGGUGAUGAUCUUUCCGGUGACUGUAAAGAUGAUGAUGAUGAUGACCCUAGUAGAACAUGGACUCUUUCAACCCAUCUGUCCAUCUACAGAGAGGAGGAUGGGAUGAAAGAGAGAGGGAUGAAGGCAAGCAAAGGGGUGCGGCGACAGAUGGAGGCCGCAGACUGAAAGGGGCGGAUGACGGAGCGCACAGGCGACGAAGAGGAAGACAAACAAACACGGGAGCUCACCUUGCCUUCUCCACACGCUCACCAGGGUGAAGACUAAGCUGUGGAGACCACCAGCAGUAAGAGGACGUUCACUCUCCUGUCCCUCUGCCUGACCAGCCAAAGUGAUGCAGGAGCAGAGCACAGAGUGGGGCACUGGGCUCGGGGGGAGGACAGGAGGCUGUUGGGUUGAUGCCCAAGGCUGUGAGGCUGGAGAUAAUGAUGUAUCAGGCAUGAAGAGGCUCAGCCAAGGCCUUUGUCCCCCACCUGUCUUCCGGAGCAUCAGGGGUCUUACGGGAACCUCCACCGGCCUGCCCCCUCAUCAGCGCCUGAGGUCCAUAUUCCGCCGCUCCAGAGCUGUUCUGCCCGCAGAUGCCAACACAGAGACCCAAAGGUGUGGGUUCCCUCACCUGGACGUGCUAAGAGCAGGGCCGCUAAUGCAGGCAGGCAUCCCCAGGACAGACAGCCAGCCAGCACACAACAGCCCCGCUGCUCAGUCAACCACCUUCCAGCUCACCCCUCCCUCUAUGCUCCACUGGGAGGGGAAGGGCAGGCGGAGCGGGGUGAUCUCCCCCCUCGGGCAACCCGCAGAGUCUGGGUGGAGGAAAAGAAGAAGGACAAGGAGGGCAGAAGCGACUGGAAGACGGCCCGACACGUCGGACCAACCAGGCAGCCUGGUGCUGCCCUCUGAAGGGCCAAAGGAAGCGGAACUGUGUCUGUGGCUCCAGGAUCUGGAGAUUACAGACCGUGCCAGGGAGAGGCCUUCUGUGACCAGUGACAGCCAGCGGGGCUGGACCCGUCUGGGUCCCCUGCUGGGCAGGAGAGAGGUGGGCCAAGGGGCAGGCCUUGGGACAGGCCUAGGAGCAGGUCUGGGGGCAGGCCUAGGGACAGGCCUAGGAGCAGGUCUGGGGGCAGGCCUAGGGACAGGCCUAGGAGCAGGUCUGGGGGUAGGCCUAGGGACAGGCCUAGGGGCAGGCCUUGGGACAGGCCUAGGAACAGGCCAAGGGGUGACUCAGAGGCCAGACAGGCGCCCUCACUUCCUGCCUCCCAUUACUCAGUCUGGCUCACUCCUGGAGGUGCCCCUGUUUCUCCCCGAAAACUCUCCCCCACCCUCUCCAUGUGUGCCCCCCAGUGACCCAUUCUCCCCAUUACCAGUGCCACAGCCCUGUCUGGUAGCCUGGAAGAGAAGAGCCAAAUGGCAAUAGCUCCUUUCAAACCUCCACCAGUAGGUGGCACCCUUGCUGCAGCCAGUCAGCGAACGUGUCGCAAACUGUGAGCCCAAGUCAGCACCAGCUUGGUGAUAUAUCUACCAACUAGUGUGCAAGUUUAUGUUUCAUGACGUCUUAUAAGCAGUCAUAAAUUCACUGGGGCCUCCGUAACCCAUGGAAAACUAAGAAAACAAAACAGAACCAAGUCCCGGCAAAGCGUUUGCUGAGAUGCAGUGGAUGUCUGGGGUGGAUUCAUGCAAAGGAGCAUUCAGACAGCCCAGAAACACUCCUUUGUACUGCACUUUAAACUGUUGUUGAAUGUCUAGGGCAGAAUUCCAGAUUCCAGUCCUGGAGAGUAAGUCUGUAACACAUUUUGCAGAUUUCCCUGUUUAAACACACCUUAUUCAGCUCAUCAUCUAAUUGCCAGGUUUGCAAGGUGUGUUUCAGCAGGGAAAUCUGCAAACUGUGUAACAGACUGGCCCUCCAGGAUCAGAAUAGGGGAACCGUGCUCUAGGGAUUGUUACAUUCUGAUGCAGCUUUUCAGACUGCAAUGUUCCACGGUACAGAAGUAGGGACUCUACUUACAAUCAUAUGACACAAGAUUAUGAUGUUAAAUAGCAACUUAAUAUGGGGCAAAGUACAGGAGCUGACUGAUUACUAUAAAAGAGAAUGCUUUGGUGAGGAAGUCACAUCUAGUGAAGGUGAUAAGGUAAAAU